ACACACGUCACAGUAACGGCGAAAAACUUCUUUAUUCUGCCAGUUACAAGAAAGCGCAGAAGCUUUGACCAGAAAGUCUGUUUCCUUGCAAAUGCCAGUGUGUCCUGGGGCCGGCGGGGGGUCAGGUGAUCAUUCCUUUCAUGCGCGAAGUCCAUACGCACCGGGGUUUCGCUCCGAUGACCCCACUGUGACCGCAAUCUGGGGUCUCGCUCUGGGUUUUCUGUGAUUGGCGGUUGCUGAAUACGCUCGUGUUGUGAAAGCCAGUUAGUGUGAAUGUGUGUGCGUUAUUAAUAGCCAGCUGUUCUUUCUUCCUGUGUGUCUGUCUUUGUCCCCACAUAUCCAGUCGCCAGGCGUGUACUCCACGUGCUCGUGACUUGUGCUCGACAGCCCGUGUUGUUGUGCGUCAACGCGCGCGUCACACAGAGACGUGCGCACACACACCCGACCACGAGGAGUUGCUGCUGCUGCGCUAUAAAUAGGUGCCUCCCAAUUAGCCAUUGCUUCGGUUUCCAUGACUGCACCGAAGGUACAUGUGUGUUCCAGCCGUGUGCUCGUGCUCAACACGUGUGUUGCACUCUGGACACGUGAAGUCAAUGGUAGUUUGUUCCUUGGUCCACCUCUAUGUGCUUUCGCAGGGAAAUGUGGCAAAGGUGCUGCAGCUGUCAAGGCAACAGUGUGGCAGAAGCUUCUGGGUAUUCAUUGGCAUGAAGCCAGUGAUGACCACAGUGAUCAUCGUAGUGAUGAACACAAUGAUGACCACAAUAAUUGUGAUGGUUAUGAACACAGGAGUGAACACAGUGAUGGUCAUAGUGAAGACUACACAGCGAUCAUCAUGGUGAUAAACACUGUGAUGACCACAGUCAUUGUCAUUAACACAUGGAUGAACACAGUGAUGAUGUCAGUGAUGGGCCCAGUGAUGACCACAGCUAUCAUCGCAGUGAUGAACACAAUGAUGACCACAAUAAUUGUCGUAAACACAAUGAUGAUGUCAGUGACGGCCCCAGUGAGGUGACCACAGCGAUCAUCAUAGUGAUGAACACGGUGAUGACCAGCAGUGACCACAGGCGUGAACAUGUCCAUUCAUUGUCACAGCAAUGACCAGCUGCCCCCCGACCUGCCGCCCUCCCUCACCACCGAUGCGAUGCGCUCCCGCGCCGCACGCGCGCUUGCACGCGCGCCGUCCUUCGCCUUCUUCUCUCGUCUGACCGCGCCCCCGUUUCUGCGGACCGUUCGAGCGCCUCCGUGCGUCACCUGGUGCUGUGCGCGCAUGUAGGAGGACGCGGGAGGAGAGGCCAUUCCAUCAGUGCCGCGCGGCUCCGCCAUCAUCUGCUCCAGGACGCGCUCCUCCCUUAAACCUGGUCGCUUUCUCGGGCGGCCCGCACAAAAUGAUCUCUGGGUUGCUCGGAACGUUCUCAACGGUGCUGAUCUCCCCGAUGUUCUCCUCCACGUUCACCUGGAUUAUGCUCGCCGCGCUGUUUUCAGCGAUGGUCUCCUGGAUGCUCGUGAUGAUGUUCCCCGCAAUGUUCUCCCCGAUGUUCUCCUCCUGGAUGCUCAGGAUGUUCUCCUUGAUAUUGUCCCCGAUGUUCUCCAGGAUGCUCAGGAUGUUCUCCCGGACGCGGCGCGCGCGGCUUCGCUCGGGGCUCCGCUGGGGGGUCUGCGGGCUUCUGCUUGGCGUCUGCUCGGUGGGAUCCGCUUGUCCCGCAUCGUGCACCUGCAACUCGUCCCGGGUGGUGUGCGUGGAGCAGGAGCCGGGCAUCGAGGGCUUCCCGCUGCUGCAGUCCGAAGUGGACAUGGAAAACGUCACCGAGAUAUUUAUUGCAAACCAAAGCAGACUCUCUUCCAUCACCUACAAUGACCUGAAGUUCUACUCAAACCUCAAAAGUCUAACGGUGACAAAAACAGAGUUGGCAACUAUUUCCCCGCUGGCUUUCAUCAACAAUGCCAAACUGCAGUAUUUGAAUUUGAAAGACAACAGACUGGCCACAUUAUCUUGGAAAUCCUUUCAAAGUGUAAACAUUUCAUAUUUGCUCCUGGGUGGGAACCCCCUGCUGUGCUCCUGCGGGAACCUGUGGCUCAAACACUUCCUGGGAGAACAAGCAGACACUCAGAAGGUCUACUGCCUGGAGGAGGGUGUUGGAUCAAGGCCCCUCUCUCAGCUGGCGCCCCCAGCAUGCGUUCCACCAACUACUAUGACCAGCCCGUCUGUCAUCACGGAGCUAGAGGGAAGGGACGUGACGGUGAUUUGUACGACGUCCGGGGUUCCUGUACCCACCCUGGAGUGGGACACGAGCAGCAUUGAGACUCACCGUAAGGUGGACAUUGUGAUGCCCCAGGCCACGCUGACGCUGGCAAACCUCUCCUCCUUUGACAACGGGCGCGAGGUCACCUGCACCGCUGAGAAUACAGCUGGCGGAAGCGAGUCCUCGGUUCUGCUCAACGUGCUGUUUGCCCCCAGCAUCCUGCAGCUGGCGACGCCUGUGCUUGACCACCACUGGUGCAUCCCCUUCAGUGUGGCAGGAAACCCACAGCCAGAGCUGCAGUGGUACCACGAAGGAAAGAUGGUCCUGGAGCAAAUUUACAUCCAGACGCAGAUCCACGACCAGAGUGAGAGUGUGUAUCAUGGCUGCCUGCAGCUGGACAACCCGACACACAUCAACAAUGGCAAAUACACCCUGGUGGCCAAGAACACCUUUGGCCAGGACCAGAAGACAGUUUUUGCCCACUUUAUGCCGGAUAUUGAAGUGGAAUACGAAGUUGAGUCGGACUUAGAGCCAGCUGACGGCAUGGCUGUUUAUGUCAUUGUUGGAAUUGCUGCUCUGGCAUCUAUUGGAUUUAUUCUGUUGCUGAUUCUUCUCAAAUUUGGAAGAAACUCCAAGUUUGGAAUGAAAGGCUCCUCCUCUGUCAUCAGCAACGAUGAUGACUCUGCAAGUCCCCUUCAUCACGUUUCUAACGGCAACAACACACCGUCUGAAAUGGGCAGCGAUUUGGUCAUGAUUGGAAUGACGAAAAUCCCUGUCAUUGAAAAUCCCCAGUAUUUCCGCAGCUCCAGUCACCUGCUGCAGUGGAACAGCUUUGUACGGCACAUAAAGCGCCACAACAUCGUUCUGAAACAGGAGCUCGGAGAGGGGGCCUUCGGGAAGGUUUUUCUGGCAGAGUGCUACAACUUGUCUCCGGAGCACGAGAAGGUCCUGGUGGCUGUGAAGACGCUGAAGGAGGCCAGCGAGGAUGGCUGUGCUGACUUCUGCCGUGAGGCCGAGCUCCUGACCAACCUGCAGCACGAGCACAUCGUCACCUUCUAUGGCGUGUGUGUGGAGGGAGAGCCUCUCGUCAUGGUGUUUGAGUACAUGAGGCACGGUGACCUCAACAGGUUCCUCAGGAGCCACGGUCCCGACGCGUUGUUGAUGGCUGACCAGCUGCAGUCCGACCGCACCGAACUCGGGCCGAUCCAGAUGUUGCACAUCGCCCAGCAGAUUGCUGCUGGCAUGGUGUACCUAGCCUGCCAGCACUUUGUGCACCGCGACCUGGCCACCCGCAACUGCCUUGUCGGGGACAACCUGCUGGUCAAAAUUGGGGACUUUGGGAUGUCCAGGGACGUGUACAGUACUGACUACUACAGGGUCGGAGGUCACACAAUGCUGCCCAUCCGCUGGAUGCCACCAGAAAGCAUCAUGUACCGGAGGUUCACCAAGGAGAGCGAUGUGUGGAGUCUGGGCGUGGUCCUCUGGGAGAUCUUCACCUACGGGAAGCAGCCGUGGUACCAGCUCUCCAACAACGAGGUCAUUGAAUGCAUCACUCAAGGGCGCGUCCUGCAGCGACCGCGCACCUGCUCCAAGGAAGUGUACGACCUGAUGCUGGCCUGCUGGCAGAGGGAGCCGCACUUGAGGAUGGACAUCAAGGAUAUCCACAACCGCCUGGUGAAUCUGGGCCAGAGCUCACCAGUGUAUCUGGACAUCCUAGGAUGAGCACCUCAACAGAGACACGUCUUUGUGUGGAGUUUAUCACCUGUGUGGGACAGAAAUGUUUGUAUUUGACAUGUGCACCAGGGAGAUAGUAUCAGCUCAGUUCCACUCCUGUGCCCUCAACAUGAAAACAAAAGCAUUUUGUUUGUACCUUUAAUUUUCCCUUCUCUCAGGCUUUGUCAUCUUGUUUUCCUGCUUUGACUGGAGAAAAAAAUGCUGUUAAACUGUGGUAAGUUUUGUACACCUUUCCCAUCUUCCUGAGCCCUUCAUGUCCAUGUUCCAUUGUUACAUGACUUGGUCUGUGAGGAACAUGUUCAAGGUACCAGUGACCUACAGUCAACCGCAAAAAGAGGGAGAUAAACAGCUCGUCUGGUGCACUGGCUCCUCACAAUACGAACAAUCAAGUUUUGGAUUUUCCAAGAUAACGUUGCGAGAGCCUCGUAACCCGGCUCCUCGUGUCUCAGUGGGUUAAAUGAUGAAUGUUCAGAGCCUGCGGUUGGGAUCCCUUAUGCGCAUUUGGGGGCCGGCCGUGCUCUGUGUUUCAGGUGUACCUCCAUAGUCCUCCCGUUUAGAAAAAGCUCACAAAACCCAUAAAAAAAGACAGUAAAAUCACCCAGAAGUGGACCCUAGUGGGCAGGACUACGGUCUGAGUUUGAGCUCUGUCACCUGUUACGUGUCACCUUGUCAUGUUAAUGUUGUUUCAGUGGUGUGACGUUAAAAAAAAAAAAAGAGAAGACCAGGAACCCGUGACGGAGACCACAGAGGGGCCUGAGGUGCAACACUGCCACUCUGUGUCCUUUAGCUUGCAGUACGUAGGUACCACGGUUUCGUUUACCCCACGUUUCCGAUUUGGGGUCUGAACGUGAUGCUGAGAGGGCUGGAAUUUGAGGUCUGAAAGGGUCAGUCUCAUGUUACUCAGCCUUAAAAAAGCUAUUAGUUUUCAAGACCACUUUGAGAAGCUGAGUGUUUGUAUUAUGACUCUUCAUCUCUUUAAAACAUUUAAAAUAUGAAUUGACAUGUUUUUACUAAAAAGCCAUUGCCAUAAUGCAAUGGGAUUGAAAAUAUCUAUAAUGUAGUGCAUAUAAUUUUUAACACCUGUUUUUACAGAGUAACCAAAAAUAAGAUCUUGUUGAAAAGGUCAAACAGUGCAUAAAAUAGCUAAAAAUCUCCACGAAAAACAAUAAAAAUGUUUUAAGUGAAAUGAUGGCAUCCAGACACGUUUCAUGAUGCUGUUUUUUUUUUUUUUUUUUUUUUUUCUUGGAGUGGUUGUCAUAGUUACAGGUGAGGCUUCAGUAAAGCCUGAUUGUUCCAUCAUGGCACAUCAAGAAAUGAACAUGAGAAUAGUGCAAUCAAUCAAUGAUAUAAUCAUUUAAAGAACCCAAGGGCUUCACGGUCGCCACUAUUAUGAGCUGAGACGCUACGCAGUGUCAUUACCGUCACAGGCACUUUGCUGUAAAAGUUUAUGAGACUGACCCAAAGGCAUUAUUUAUAAAUGCAACAUUGUUAAUAGACUCAAUAUUGCUAUUUGGAGGAUAUAACAAAUGUUUUGUCCUAAAUGUGACCAGUCUGAGGGAAGCGAGGACAGCGAAAGAUUCCCUGUGCAUCGUGCUCAAAGCCCCAACCACUGUGCUGUGGAAAUACUAUGUAUAUUUGUCCACACAGGAUUACAGACAAAAAAUGUUGGUCCUAUUGGCACAUUUUUCAUGUAUGUCCAUUAUCUGUAUCUGUGAGGAAGGACAUUCGAUGCCUCAGCACUACGGAGGGAGGGACUGAGUGAGGGACAGAAGUGCGUUUGUGCCCGUGAGCAGUGCCUUUCUUGUCCCCCACUUUGUCAGGUUUUCUGAAGUCUCUCUCUUUGGGAAAGGAAUUUGGAGAUGCGUUUAACACCUUUCAGUACCUUCUGAUACCGGAUGGAGGUCUAAAGCGUGACUGUGAAUCUUCUCCUGACGGGAACCAGCCCUGACCACGGUAACACCACAGCUUGGUGUACUGAGUUACACAGCUGUGUCUGAGGACACCAGGACUGUAGAUGAAGAGGUUUAUUUUACUCUGUGCAGAGACACCUGGAGAAAGAAUCAUAAAAACAGGGCAAAGACUGUCUGUUCCCACAGAACUCGUCUCUCGUAAUGUGUCUUCUAGGGGAAUGUGAAUAAACGUCCCGCAUUGCGGACACGAGCUUACUGCUGUUACGAGUGCGGUCAAUAGUGUGGUCAGCAUCGCUGCUGACAGGUAUGCGCUGCAGGGGCACUUUGUUGAACCUAGUAAGGUGACAUUAGAAUACUGUGCACUAGUUAUGCAGUAGGGGAAUUGCAGUCCAUGGGGUCCUCGUGUUUCCAGAUACAACUUUUUGGAGAUUAAAACGUUUUGAACAUUUAUUCAUUCGAGACUGCAUUAAAUUUUGUGAAACUCCUGUCUGUAAUGCAGGACAGCAAGAGCCAACAGAUGGCAGUGAAAUGCACCCAAGCAGAAGAGCAGUAUGAAACACCUGUAAUUCCACUCCCUCCAACAGUGUUUAUGGCUCAUGUCUGCUGUUCCUGAGUGUCAGUGGUCAGUAACGAGACGAGGAAUGCUUCACGUUUCUGGGAUGAAUCAAUAAAACAAAGUCUUGAACAAUGUUUUUACAGAAACUAAGCCAUGCAUUCAUGGAGGGAUAUCUUUCUGGUCUAGCUCUUACUGCUUCUGACUUGGAAGCAAAAAUGGCUUUGGGGUUAUGAACAAAUUGACAAAAACACUUUGGGCACAGCUGUUUUGGGAGUUUGCUGAGCUCUUGUACUUUUAACUGUUAAAGCAGCAGUCUGCUAUAAAAUAAAAUGUUACUGCCCAGUACAGCUUACACUGCCUUUCACUAGUAAAACAGUAUUGGACAUGACUUAAACCCGAUAGAGUACAGCGCAUGGUGUGUAUGGAUUACGCUGCCUGUACCUUACUGUCACAACGUCUCCGCAGACACAUACCCUGCCGAAGCCCAAGAAAUACAGCAGAUAGCCUGACUCAUUCCCUUUGCAUUUUCCUCAUCUCCAGACUGUGUUCUCAGCGACACCUUCACGUUGAGCGAGCAGGACGCUUUGCCAGUCUGUGCAGUUCCUGUGAUACGAACCUUUAUUUCCUGUAAGUUUUCGACAUCGGCGCCAACAGAUGAUGAGUAAUAAAACGCAUCUUUCAGUUUUGUUUUUACUGAAACUGUGAAUUAAUAAUCUCUCUUUAUGAAUGUACUGCAUGUAUGCAACGGGGUACAUCUUUGAAUGUAUAUUUAUUUCUGCCUUUCCCUUACCACCUAAUUCAUACCAGGCGAGUGGCUGUGUCCUGCGUCUGUGGCUCUGGAGUUUACGUUUCCAUCACAGGAACCUCAGUGGGUCUGUCAAACACGGUAAAAGCGGUCAGACCAUCAUCUCUGUUCAUCUAAACACAAUGGGGAGUACCUGUUGUAAUAACAUCUAUUUCAAUAAAGCUGUUGUCUUUCAGUGCUCUUGGCCGGUGUGUCUUUGUGGCAAUGUGUGCGUGGUACACGGCAAAGCGUCCCGCAGGUGUGCUGAGCCUUUGUGUGGGGCUCUGUCAACAUUCUUUUCUAAUGGGGACUGUGAGAUGCUCCUUGGUGGAUGCAGAUGCAGAGAUG